CCGGAUAUUUAUUUAUUAUAAUUAUCCUAUUGUUUACUCUACAAAUAAAGUGAAAAAAGUUAAACGUAAACUAAAUGUAGCAUAAAAUCAACUUUUUAGUCUCCCUCCGUCAUUAUGCCUCUAAUUAUUUACUAUUUAACCUUCCUAAUCUUGCCAGUGUUAAGCAACAAUCCCCAACUCCUUCAGGACCGUAGCAACACCCCGAAAAUCUUCCUAGACCAUCCAGAAUGCAGCCACAUGAAACAGUUUUGUGGUAACGACCCGGAAAACGACGACUUGUCCGUCUUGGAAUGUUUGCACAUGCUAAACCCAACCCAGUUUGCUUUGAUCAACAAAAAUUGCCAACAAAUCAUUUGGGAAACCACUAACAAUUUAAUCAAAGAUGAAAAUGUUAUGGAAACACUUUUGCCAGUAUGUAGAGAGGACAUGAACAAGUUAAAUUGCCAUAAGGAUGAAGGAGAUUAUUUCAAAUGUCUGGCAAUAGCCAAAGAAAGCAUUGAAGUAAGUGCUUGCCAAGAGCUGGUACACAGGAUGGAAAAUGUAGCUUUUACCGACUACAAAUUUCUUGCCAAGUUUCUAAAGGAGUGCGAAAGUGACGUGCAAAGCCUCAAAUGUGGAAUUGUAGACUCACAAGGCCUGUCGCAAAUAAGCACAAUUGCCUGCCUGCAAAAAAACAUCUUAAACCUUGCUUCAGAUAAUUGCAAAAGAGAACUAUACAGAUUGUCAGAGGUACAGUCUGACAACAUAAAACUGGAUCAGCAAUUGUAUUUGGACUGUGCUGAAGACCAUUCGAGGUAUUGCAGGCAAUUUCCUGCAGGCAGUGGUCGGGUUUUUCAUUGUUUGGCAAGGCAAAAUCCUGAAAAAUUAAGCCAAAGAUGUAAAACUAGUUUGUUUAGGAGGCAAAAACUCAUUUCGCAAGACUACAAAGUCAGUAAAGGGCUUAUGCGUUCAUGUAGAGAGGACAUUAAAAAAACCCAUUGCCGUAAGCAAACUUCUAGUGAUAAAACAGUCAGGUUGGCACAAAUUCUAUUAUGCCUUGAAAAUAUUAACAAAAAUGGCAGUCAAAUAUCGUCAGAUUGUGAAGCAGAGCUUAUAGAGCAUAGGAAGAUGCUUAUGGAGGAUUACAGGCUUUCGCCAGAGAUUGUGGACAAGUGCAAAAGGGAAACUGCAAUGUUUUGUAAGGGAUUUGAAACUGGAGGGAAAACUAUACAUUGUCUUAUGAAGCAUGCCAGGGAGAAGAACGACAAGAGUAAUUUCGAUGCUAAAUGUCACUUGGCUUUAGAAGACUUGCUCAAAAUGUCUGACGUAGGCGAAAACUGGAAAGUCGACCCUGUCCUCCACUCGGCCUGCAACACUGAAGUAGAAACCUUAUGCAAAGACAUCCACAGCGGCGAAGCCCGAGUUACCAACUGUCUCCUGGACAACAUCGGCUCGCGCAAAAUGUCCGACGACUGUGAAGACGCCCUUAUACAAAUCCAAUAUUUUAUAUCCAGGCGAUUUGAAUUGGAUGAUCAAUUGUAUAAGGCUUGCAAAAGAGACGCGCUAGAUAGGAAAUGUUUGACUGAGAGUUCAUGGGAUAAUAAUAGUCAUAACCAAAAAGUCUUGCCUUGUUUGUACAGGUAUGUUGAUCCAGAAGACAAACAUCUACAACUCAGUCUGCAUUGUUUGGACAAUAUCCGAAGAGUGAUGCGUCAAAGGGCUUUGAGUGUAGAUUUAGAGCCAACAAUUGAAGAAUCUUGUCUGACAGAUUUGGGCACGUUUUGUCACGACAAAGUCAAUAGAGGCGAAGAGAUGCGGUGCCUGCAAAAAAACUAUCAAGAUUUAGAUGAGGAUUGUCAGAAAACAAUAGGAAUGUUUACUGAGUUUCAAUCAGAACAUGCUGAAUUGAAUCCAUAUAUUAAUAAAUAUUGUACAAAGAUUAUUGAGGUGUUGUGUAAUCAAGAGGCUAAAAACGACGAAGGCGAUGUAAUGGAGUGUUUGAUUGCGCACAAAAACGAUCCAGUUGUAAAAGGGACGCAAGAAUGCCGAGCUAGCAUUGAACAUUUUCAAAUUAUAUCCUUGAACGAUUAUAGGUUUUCCUACAAAUUCAAAGUGGCCUGUAAGCCCUACGCGAUGCGUUUUUGCGAAUUGGCUCGUACCAAAAACGAAGUUGUCCGGUGUUUGAGCGAGCAGGUAUUGAACGCGACAGUUAAUGGCGUCAAAAGUCAGAUUCCGCGCGAUUGCAAGCAACAGCUUAAAGCGCAGCUGUUUCAGCAAAGGGAAAACAUCAAGUUCGAUCCAGUUUUAAAGGCAGCUUGCGGGCCGGAUAUUGACAACUAUUGUUCGCACGUUCAGAGCGGCAAUGCACAGGUUUUAGAAUGUCUACAAACCGAAACCAAUAAGCUGACGGACAAAUGCGAAAAAGAAGUAUUUAAAGUGAAAAAACAGGAAAUUUACGAUAACACUUUGGAUUAUGCUCUGAUUACCAUGUGCUCAGGUGCCAUAGAGCAAUUUUGCUCGCACCAAGACAAAGAAAAUGUGUUCGAGUGUCUAAAGAAAAAUCGUGACGAAAAAGGGUUCAGCAACAAAUGCAAACUAAUAGUAACCCACCGCAUCAUCGAGCAAAACUCCAACUACCAACUGAACCCAUCCUUGCAGCAAAACUGCAACAUCGACAUCAACAAAUUCUGCAAAAACCACCUAAUCAACGGCCACGGCAAAGAGACCAACGGUGUCGUCAUCAAAUGCCUAAAAGAACAAUUCAAACUCUCUCGUUUAAGCAACAAAUGCGAAAAAGAACUGGCCUCGAUUUUACGAGAACAAGCCUUAAAUGUCAAUUUGAAUCCGCUAAUACGUACAGUGUGCAAAAACGAAUUGGCCACGAUUUGCAAAUCGGACGAAGAAGAUUCAGACGGUGACAGUGAAGAGUGUUUGAAAGAUGCCUUGUUGAACAGCCGAAUUCAGACUCCUGAAUGCAAAGUGGAAGUAGCUAAUAUGAUUGAAGAAUCUCAAGCCGACAUACAGGUGGAUCCUUUGUUGCAGCACGCCUGCGCGUACGAUUUGUUGAAUUUUUGCAGCGACGUUCCACAAGGAAACGGAAGACACAUAAACUGUUUGAAAUUGAUGUUGGACUUGAACAAGAAAUUGCUGCCCAAAUGCAAAAAUAUGCUGAAAAAAAGACUGGAAAUGUACAGGAACGCUGCACUGUUGUCGCCGAUGGGUCCUCCGCCAGACUUGCACCAGCUCUACAACCAAAUGGCAGCUUCUCCGUCGCGCCAGUACUUCUUCCUUGUCAUUUUGACAUUUAUCGGUACCAUUUUUUUAGUAGGCAUCAUGUGCGGUCGGUUGAACAAACGAAAAUAUAUGCUGUUAAAGUCGAAAUAAUAAUUGUGCCCAAAGAGCUGAUCUGAUUCACCCAUUCACAAACUGUCUUGCUUCUUUAAGCACAAUUAAAAAAAGACACCAUUACAUCAGCUGGUGAUUAGGGUUAAUUGAAUUAGCGUUUUCGUAAAAGCCUACUGUGUACAGUUUUCAAUUUGAUUGUUGCAAUGGCAGCCAAAAAAAUUAUUAUUAUUGUGAUACAAAGCUACAAUUUUUCUAAAAAUAAUUAAUAAGUCAUUACACAAUAGUUGUAUUCCUUUCAAGUUGGGCUACUUACUCCGGUGAUGCGUGGUGCAACAAACACUUUUCAAAAAGAAUAAGUAUGUAACACUCUGGAGCGGAGCUCCUCCUAGAUGUUAAAGGAAUACAACUAAUAUUAUUUUAUUGUUUUCAGGGACGUUAUAAUUGUGUGUUUUAAUUAUUAUUAAUGUAGAUGUUGUAUAGAAAAAAUAAAACGAAAUAUUUUAUUAAUGAGAUUGGAUGUAGGCAUUAUUGAAAUAUAACUUUU